ACACCCGAUCCUCAACGGUUCCUCUGGGAAGCGGUUCGGACGCAGGAUUCGAUGGGGAGCGAGCUGUACAGAAAUUCAUCGAAGCGGACGUACACUGGUCUGCUGGAGGGGCGGACCCCGGUUGGUUAUGACGCAGCACUCGUAGAUCUCAGCUUCGGUUUGAGGUCUAGGACUGAAGAGGACGUUACACACACCGUUCUCGUGAACCCAGCUUCCGGCACCAACCACGCACCACCUUCAGUGGGGGCGUCGGGCCUUCCUUAUACCCCCGCCUGGUGUUUUGGUCAGUCGGGCGACGAACGUGGAGUCCUUUCACGAAGGCGGGGGGCAGUGGGCACAACAGGUGUGGCCGCGUCGAGGACGGGGACAGGUGGAUCGACGACACCAGCCAGUAGAAUCGACGAACGAGGGGACGCCGAUGAGGGCUCCGCUGUGGAGGUCGUGGGACGAAAGGUUUGGGAUGAUCAUCGGCGACAAUCGCGUCAAUCGAGCACGUCCUCCAUAACGAGAGGGGUGGCGAACAUUAAUGUGAGGGCGGACGAUGUGUUUGGCGAUUGCGAUGGUGCAGGGGGCGAAGAUUGCGCUGCAGGCGGCAGGAGCAAUGACAACGACGAGGACGUCGACGGGGAGAUGGAGAUUCGUCAGAUAGGGAGGAAGUGGGGAGGGUCAAGGGCCACAAACAAGUCUGCAGAACCGCGCGCGGGGCGGAGAGGCAAGAAGGGUGCGGGAGAUUCACCAGGACUUGCAUCUGGCCAGCCUCAGCCACAACAGCGGAAGGAUGAAGACGAAGACAUGGAAGUGGGACGGCGUAGAGAAGAGGCUCAUGCAGAUGGGGUGAUGAGUAGAAAGUCCGAGGACUGCGGGAAAAAAUGGGAUAACCUGUACCAACAGUUCAAAACCAUGCACAAGUUCAUGGGAGAAUCGGGGAAGCCAAAUUUCUUCACACUAACGUCGGCGGAGAGGAAGGAGCGGGGGUUCGAAUUUCGGAUGGAUAAGUGUGUGUAUUGGGAGAUAAAGGCCAUGUCCAGGGGCGAUCACGCUAUACACCCCACGAAUCUCGUGGACACGGGUGUGGCCGGAGGUGUUCAAAUGCCAUGUCCACGUGGAGGUCGGAAUGAAUCCGGCGGUAGCGAGGGAUGCGGGGAUGGACAGGACGACGAUCAAGGAUCGACGAGGGAUUCAACGUUCAGCGGCGUUGGUGGUGGCGGGGGCGGCAAACGAAAGAAUGUAAGACAGCAGACCUUCGACACGAUUGCAGACGUCAUGAAGGACCACGGGAAUCUGAUGGCGACGACAGUGGACAGCGCGAGCAAGAGAAAGUGCUCAAUUCUGACGAGGCAAUGCGGCAUGAAAGAGCGAGAGCUAGAAGUGCAGAAGGAACACUACGUGAAGGCCGACUAGGCGAACUUCAUAAUGUGCAACGCCCUUCUGGAGAUUGAUAAAGCGAUCCGCGAGCG